AUGGCGACGAUCAAGGAGCUCACGGCCAAGUCCAGGGCGGCCCGGCAGCAGAGGCAGGCCCGGCGGGCCAGCGAGGCGGCCGAGCUGCGGCGGGAGCGCGAGCGCAGGGGCGCCUGGGUGUACAAGAAGGACGGCACGCGGCGCUGGCGAUGGAGCACCAUCCUGCUGCGGAGCUGCGGCGGUGGCGAGAACCCGAAAGGACAGCACCAUCGCCUGCGCCACGCGCACGGUCGGCACGACUGGGGCUUCCCGGCCCCGCCGCCCUUCGCCGGCAAGCGCACGGCCUUCGACUCCGACGACGACGCCUGCGCCGCGCAGCUGCUGGCCAGCGCAAGCCUGGCACGCAAGACCACCAGCGCGCGCGGACACUGCGGCGAGCAGCGCCGCAGCGAGCCGCGGCGGCCCGCGAGCGACUGCGGCGAGGAGCGCGGCGAGCGGCGGCAGGCCGCUCCAGCGGCCGCCGAGGCGCAGCUGCGCGCCGUGGCCGGCGCCUCGGCGCUGGGCGCCGCCUCUGCACUGGGCGCGGGCGGCGCGGCGGCCGGGUGCGCUGCGGCGGCGGGUGCCUCGGUACCGGGCCCUGCGGCUGCGCUGGGCGCGGGAGGCGAGGCUGCCGGGAGCGCCGCGGCGGGCGCCCCGGUGUCGGGUGCCGCCUCGGCGCUGGGCGCAGGCGGCGGGGUUGCCGGGAGCUCGUUCCAGCUGUUCGCCAGCCGGCGGAAAUGGCAUCCUUUCGCUGCAGUCG